UUCCCUGGAAAGGUGACUUCAUUGCUGUCAAAUAUGGACGUGCAGCACAUCAAGAGGAGGGACAUCGUGUUGAAGCGGGAACUGGGCGAGGGAGCCUUUGGCAAGGUCUUCCUGGCCGAGUGCUACAACCUCAGCCCGACCAAGGACAAGAUGCUCGUGGCCGUGAAGGCCCUGAAGGAUCCCACCCUGGCUGCCCGAAAGGAUUUCCAGAGGGAGGCUGAGCUGCUCACCAACCUUCAACAUGAGCACAUUGUCAAGUUCUAUGGCGUGUGUGGCGAUGGGGACCCGCUCAUCAUGGUCUUUGAGUACAUGAAGCAUGGAGACCUCAACAAGUUCCUCAGGGCCCAUGGGCCGGAUGCUAUGAUUCUUGUGGAUGGGCAGCCACGCCAGGCGAAAGGCGAGCUGGGGCUCUCCCAGAUGCUCCACAUCGCCAGUCAGAUUGCCUCAGGCAUGGUGUACCUGGCCUCCCAGCACUUUGUGCACCGGGACCUGGCCACCAGGAAUUGCCUGGUUGGAGCCAAUCUGCUGGUGAAGAUCGGGGACUUCGGCAUGUCCAGAGAUGUCUACAGCACCGAUUACUACAGGGUGGGAGGACACACCAUGCUUCCCAUCCGUUGGAUGCCCCCUGAAAGCAUCAUGUACCGGAAGUUCACUACGGAGAGCGAUGUGUGGAGCUUCGGGGUGAUCCUGUGGGAGAUCUUCACCUACGGAAAGCAGCCAUGGUUCCAGCUCUCAAACACAGAGGUCAUCGAGUGCAUCACCCAAGGUCGUGUGCUGGAGCGGCCUCGAGUCUGCCCCAAAGAGGUGUACGACAUCAUGCUGGGGUGCUGGCAAAGGGAACCCCAGCAGCGGCUGAACAUCAAGGAGAUCUACAAAGUCCUCCACGCUUUGGGGAAAGCCGCCCCCAUCUACCUGGACAUCCUCGGCUAGCGGUGGCUGAUGGUCACUUAUGCGUACUCGAUUGCCUCCUGUCUCCCGGCCUCACAUCUCCCCCUGUCCACCUCACACUCCUUUCUUCCAUCCUGACCGAAGCGAACAUCUUCAUAUAAACUCAAGUGCCUGCUACACAUAC